AUGGUGGCGCUCGCCAAAGUCGCGCAGGGCCUCUAUGUGGCUCUGACACUCACUGCGCUUACCUACACCUUCUUCAGCUUCGUCGCACAUUACGCACAGGAUAAUGCCUCCUUCAACACAGUAUCGCGGAGUAUUGUGCGCCUAGUCGCAGUCGGCGCCUUGCUAGCAACGCUCGGCGCCGAGGCCGUACUAUUGAGCACUCAAACGCCAGUGCCUGUGGCGUCCACUGAACAUACUCUCAGCCUGGUUUAUACAUUUGCGGCUUGGAUUUUGAUGUGCUUGCGGAAGAGAUUGCUGGUUGUCGACUUAUUUUCCCUAUCGCUUCUUGCCAUUGUGCUCGGUGGGCCGGUAUUAGUGAUUGAGGUUGUCUCUGGGACAGCGACUCGCAUUUACAUACCACAGGUUGUGCGUCUCGUCAUUACAUUACUGCUCCUUGUGGAUAGUGCGAGAUGGCUGCGCAAGACAUCGAGACCUGAACAGAAACUGGACGACGAGGCGCAGCCUUUGCUUGCAGACAGUGCUUCUGCAAGGUCUUCUCACAGCUCCUUUGACUCGCACACCCUUGGUGCUGAUUCCCCGGCCAAGGUUCAAAGUGACAGGGACAGCGAUACCGCAUCCGUCGCCAGCGAUGACUCCGAGGACGAUUUCGACUCUGCAGCUAGUCGACUUCGCAAGAGCGGAAGCUGGAUCGAGUACCUCGGCAACUUCAAAGUGUUCCUGCCGAGCCUCAUUCCCCGCAACGACGUCAAGGUCCAGGCCUGCCUGGUCAUCUGCAUACUCGCAGUCCUCACAGGGAGAGCGCUUACCAUCAUUGUCCCACAGCAGCUGGGCAGAGUGGCUGACGAGCUCGUUUCGGGCACGUUGCCUAUCAAGGCGCUGCUAGUGUACUACCUGCUCACUCUGCUCGAUGGCGACUGUGGUAUUGGCUUUGUCGAAAAGUUGACAAAAAUACCUGUGCAGCAGUUUUCUUUCAAGAAAUUGUCCAACUUGGCCUUUAGCCAUGUCAUGAGCCUCGAGAUGAACUUUCACGACAGCCAAGACUCUGCCGAGGUCAUGAAGGCCGUCGAACAGGGCGAGGCGCUCACCAAUAUCCUCGACACGGCCAUUCUCGAGAUGAUGCCCACUGUCCUCGAUACCGGCACCGCCUUUGUUGUUCUCUACGCCAAGUUUAACGCUGCUGUUGCCGUCACCAUGGUCACCGCCGCCGUUCUCUUUCUGACUGUCGAAAUUGUGACCUCGAGCUGGAAUAUCGACAAUCGCCGGCGUGUCACAAAAGCAGAGCGCCGGCAGACUCGCAUCAUGCACCAAGCUGUCCAGGGCUGGCGAACUGUAUCGGCUUUCAACAUGUUUUCCCAUGAGAGACGCCGCUACGGUGACGCCGUCGGCGCCAACAACCGCGCAAAGUUCAAUUGGGGCGUCCGCGACGCUUAUAUUGAAGCCAUUCUUGGCGUCAUCAUGCCCACUACAUUCUUCUGCCUUGCUCUCAUCCUCGCCCGUGAGAUAUACGCCGGUCGUGCUUCGCCAGGUGACUUUGUCUUUUUAGUGCAGUACUGGGAAAUGCUCCUGUGGCCGCUCAAGUACCUCUCUCAAGACUACCGCUACCUCAUGAAGGACCUGAUUGACGCCGAGCGCCUGCUCGCGCUCCUCAAGACGGAGCCGAAAAUCACAGACGAUCCCGACGCCGUGCCGUUGGGCCCCGUCAAAGGCGAGGUCAGAUUCGAGCAUGUUGAUUUUGCCUACGACGCGCGAAAGGGAGCCCUUCACGACGUCAACAUUUCUGCAGCGCCCGGUGAGACGAUUGCGCUGGUCGGUGCCACGGGUGCCGGCAAGUCGACCAUUACUAAGCUGUUGAUGCGCUACUACGAUAUCACGGGUGGGCGCAUCACCAUCGACGGAACUGACAUUCGCUCCGUAACGCAGGGCUCCCUGCGCGACGUCAUUGGCCUCGUGCCCCAGGAUCCGCUGCUGUUCAACGCCACCAUCAUGGAGAAUCUCCGUUAUGCGCGUCUUUCAGCCACCGACGAGCAGAUUCACGAUGCGUGUCGUGCCGCCGCCAUCCACGAGCACAUUCUGUCUUUCCCCGACGGCUACGCCACCAAGGUCGGCGAGUCUGGCACGCGGCUGUCGGGCGGUGAGCUGCAGCGCAUCGCCAUUGCGCGCGUCUUCCUCAAAGAUCCGCCGAUCCUGAUCCUGGAUGAGGCUACGAGUGCUGUUGACACCAAUACGGAAGUGUCGAUUCAGCUGGGGCUCGGAAGAGUGAGCGAGAAGCGCACGACGUUUGUGGUUGCGCAUCGGCUGUCGACUGUCGUGCGCGCAGACCAGAUCCUUGUGCUCGAUGCAGGGCAGAUUGUGGAAAGUGGCACGCAUCAGGAGCUGCUGCGUCUGGGAGGAAAGUAUUAUUCGCUCUGGGAGAACCAGAGAGGCGGCAUGCUGGAGGCUGAGACGCCAGAGACGGAAGCGGACGAGUAG